GGAAUCUGAUUGGCCACCCCUGGUGCCCCCCCUACCAGAACUGGAAUAUGAUAGGCCAUUGUACGCAGCAAACAAUAUAUAUGGUAAGCCUUGAUGGCUGGCCCCCCUCCUCUGGGUCUGUGCCCCAGCCUGGCCCCCCCAUUCAAAAUGUUCUAGACACGCCCCUGGGUGUAUAGUGAAAUCAGUAUAAUUAUUUACCAUAUCUUUGGAGUCGAUUUUCUCGAAACCUGAUUUUGGAUGGUAUUACAGGACCAAUCAUUUUUGUUAUAAGCUUUAGAGGCAGAUACAGCAUCACAAAUCUCAUUAUUAGAUCCUGAAAUUUCAUAAUUUUUAUUCAUGAAAGAUCUGUGUUGAUAAAUGCAAACAUGUCUUAUUUACAAUCUGAAAGAAAGUAUGCAAAUGAGCUAAUUUACAUAUUUUGUUGGAAUGUAUCUUUUCAAGUCCAUACCUCACGAUAAUUGAAGUAUAUACCUCUGAAAUUAUCUGGAAGAUAUAAUGCAAAGAUGCAUUUUCGGUGCAACAUAGGCUAAUCAGUGUGUACCAACUGCAUUGCAAUUGUGACUAGAUCAAGCCAAAAUGUGACCAGCAGACAUGGUAUCAGAGAUAUCAUGUUAUGUUGAACCGUUGGUACAUUCUUCAAUUAUUGUUCUAGAUCUGUAACUGUUCCUAGUCACACGUGCAGAGAAUGCUAAUAUUGCAAACACUCUUAAUUCAUUUCAGUGGUAGUGUACAUUCUUUGAAAGAAGUAGUGUCUUCUUUUCUGAUAAUAUUUCUGGGAAACAUGCCUGUGUAUGUCAUUGUCCAAAAUCUAACCGUAGAUAGUUUUGUCAGUGUCAGUAGUUAAGAAAAUAGCAUGGAUGAGUGAACAACACCAAAGACAAUUAAAAUGCCAUAAAACACAAAAGAGGAUCUCUAGAGAAAACAGACCAACAGAAAGGUCACCAAGUUAUCAAAGUUGGAUUGAUUUUUUGAAUUUUUGGAAGUUGGAAGUUUUUUGAAAAGAGCGAAAUUCAAGGUGGUAACAGGUGGACCUGCUAUAGCUAGAUGGCUAGCAAACUCCUUUAGCCCAGUGGUCCAGUCGGGAAAUCUGUCUGAUGUGGUGACCAACUCUCCAGUAACAGACUUAAGAACCCCAAGACGAGAGAUGACCACAGCCGGUCCAAUCAGCUACAAUGUACACAGGGAGAGCUUCUCCAAGAGAACUCUACUACAGAACUAAAGCCACUUCAUGAUACUUCUGUCUUUAUUGACAAUCAUUGGUCACCCCCAUUAGAAUGCACCCAGCAGUUACCAUCCUCCACGCUGGCAAGCAUCUCUAAGCCUAGCAUCCCGCUGAUUACUCCCAGAGUGCCCAGCCCUGCCCAGGUGCCAGUGGCUUCAUGCCAAAGACCUUGAAGUCCCAGCACCUGCUGUACAUUCCAUUCCUGAUUAUAAGCGAAAGACAGAGAGAUCCUGACCUCAACGACCAGUGACUGAAGAUGUAGUAAAAGGGACCUGGGGCAGCCUGUAGCGUAGUGGUUAAGGUGGCCAUGCUUGUAAUGUAAUGGACCGAAAAGGACCUGAGUGCUCUGACCACAUGGACAAAGACUCUAAGGUAAAUCUAAGGCAACAAAAGAGUGAGUAUAUAGUGCAGGGAGUAUAGCGACUGCCAUAGUAGUCCUGAGGCAAGCAGCCAGCAUCCCGAACAUUAUUCUUCUGCUUGUUUUCCAAGUGGCUAUCUUUGCAAAACCUACUGGCUAGUGACCAUUCUUUAUGACAGUCCCAAGUGUCUUCGGUAAAAGGGAGAGAAUGGCCCAUUGGUGGCUAGCAGGGAGCAGGCUCCCCUGAAAGGACUCCAGCUGCACAUGAUGAAAGUCCUCCCCAUAAAACUCAGAUGGCAACCCAUCUCCUCCUGGUGCCUGGCAGGAGGAUAUCUGCACAACUGUUGCAGUUUCAUUGAAUUUAACCCUGUGUCCACAUACUGUAUUCUGUCAUUACAUUACAUUACAUUACAUUACAUUAAUGGCAUUUGGCAGACUCUCUUAUCCAGAGCGACGUACAACAAAGUGCAUACCCAUAACCAGGGAUAAGUGUGCUGAAAGACCCUAUUCAACUGCUACCUGUACAACAAAGAUAAGGACCAGGGCCUAUUUGAAAUUAUUAUUAUUAUUAUUUAUUUAUUUUUUAAACAAACAAAUAAACAAACAAACAAAGCAAAAGUGACCAAACUUAACUAUCCAAACACUGCUUACCUAGCCAACUAAAAAUACCGAUACACAAAGUAAAUCACAAAGACAACAAUUAAGGUUCACAGGGAGGUAGGGAGGGACGGGGAGAGGUGCUGCUUGAAGAGGGUCGUCUUCCGUUUGCGUUUGAAGGUGGGGAGAGAUUCUACAGUUCUGACCUCAACAGGGAGUUCGUUCCACCACCGUGGAGCCAGAACAGACGGUAGUUGUGAGCGUGAGGUGGAGGUUUGGAGAGGGGGAGGUGCCAAGCGGCAUGUGAAGGCUGAACGAAGAGGUCUGGCAGGGGUGUAGGGUCUGAUGAUUUUUUGUAGGUAAGCUGGGGAAGACCCCUUAACUGCUUGGAAGGCUAGCACCAAUGUUUUGAAUUUGAUGCGAGCCAUAACAGACAGCCAGUGGAGGGAAGUAAGCAGGGGGGUGACGUGUGUCCUUCCCUGUCCUGUACCAGGAUUAUAACAAGAACAGCCUGAUCCAGCCCAUCCAGUACAUGCUUUGGAAUGUGGUCCAUACAUUUCUGAUAAGAUAAAAACCUGUUUUGAUGUGAAAGUUCAAAUUCAAUUAUUCAGUAUAGGGAGGAGGAAAGGGAGGAGGAGGGAUGAGUAGAGGGCUUAUAAGAUGGAGGGAAUGAAAGGAAGGAACAGAAGCAAUAAAAGAAGACCUAGGCACAGGUGCAGAGAGCACACAGGCAAUUACUGAGAACUGUAUUCACAUGAUGCUACGUGGAGUGAGUCUGCGCUUCUGGCUCACCCUGGCCACAGGACUGGUGGAGUGCCUGUGUUUUACUGGGGUUGUUUAUGGGUGGCCCUCCCUGGUGUUUAUCCUGAAAGCCAGUGGGUAUUUCAGAGACCAGUGUGUGAAUGCCACAGGACCCAAUGACACACAGUACAUGGACUGUAGCAAACAGGAUGAGCUCUUCUCCCUGGUUUUCACUAUUGCCGCCUUCUUACAGAACUUCCUCAGUCUUCUCAAUGGAUUCUUCUUUGACCGCUUCGGUACCAUGACAUCCAGACUGCUGGCAAUAAUACUGUACACCACUGGCACCUUGCUGAUUGCUUUUUCACAUCCAGAGAUAUCCAAUAUACUGUUUCCAGGUCUGGCCUUCAUUGCAGUUGGAAGUGACAUGUUAUUGCUCACAAACAUGCAGGUGGGGAACCUCUUUGACACCCAUCGUUCCACUGUCAUCACCUUGUAUAUUGGAGCCUACAGCUCCUCUGCCAUAAUCUUCCUCAUAAUCAAGGUGGCAUCUGAAAGAGGGAUCUCUCUGCACCAUGCUUUUUUCUUCUUGUCAGCAUGCAGCAUAAUCCACCUCAUGAGAACCUUCAUCCUCAUGCCAAAGAGGCACAUCCCCUACCCCGUCCCUGAGGGCUACACUUAUGGGAGGAGCUGUGGACAGAGCAAAUGUAACACCCAUUGCUUCACAGAAAAAGCACAGACAGACAACACAGAGCCUGUGCAGGGAGAGGAAGGGAUAGAGAACGCAACAUCUGAACAAGGAAACCCCCAGCAGACCCCACAGACAGACAGUUUUAAGCAGUGUGUGCUCAGCUGGCUUUUUCUGUGGCACCUGGUGUGGUUGUCUGUUACGGCUCUGCGGCAUAUCCUGUUCAUUAGCACCCUGAACCCCAUGCUGACCCUGCUGGCUCACGGAGACACAGCCCAAGUGAGCCACUACACCAACGUCUUCGCCUACACACAGUUAUUUGGCAUACUGUGCGCCCCCUUGAAUGGCCUGAUCAUUGACAGAUACAAGGCCAAGCAACGGGCCGAAGGAGAGACGGAGGAGGAGAGUAACCUGCACUCUGUGGUGCUCUCCCUCUUCCUCACUGCCCUGCAGUGCCUCUUAUUCUCCAUCUGCGCCACCAUACCUGUGCUCCCGCUGCAGUACCUGACUUUCGUCCUGCAAGUGCUCAACCGUGCCUUCUCGAUUGGAGGGAAAGCAGCCUUCAUCAGCAUUGCUUUUCCAGUCUGUCACUUUGGUAAGCUAAUCGGUGUGGCUAAUGCUACAGUGACUGUGGUGUUGCUCCUGCAAUUCCCCUACAUCAUCCUGGUGAAUGAGGUGUUGGAUGGAGACCCCUUAUAUAUAAACAUAGCCCUGUGCAUCCUGUGCCUGGCCAUGUUCAUUCACCCGGCCUAUGUCUAUAUCCGCUGGCGCAGAUUGGCCAAUCAGAGAAGACGCGCCGCCCAGCCACCUCCCAACGAUGAGAACGCCUUCUCUGGAGACAAUGAAGACCAACCCCAGGAUGUCCCAGGCUCCUCUUAGACACCCCCAAAAAGGGACACUCACAAUAUCCCCUCUCCUUUCCCCGACCCACUGGUUCAUGACAAUGGUGGCUAUGUCAGGAUUUUUUGGGGAGGGUUCAGGCUUGGUCUUGGCUUCUUCUUUCCUGUUUCUGUAAAGAGCAUCUCAUCAAAAACUGCAUUCAUGAAUACAAUUGACACAUUGAAUGUACUGGGGGUGGUAAGCAUUUUGGUAGUUGAUACCAAUACCAGAAAAAUUCCAUGACUCUCGAUACCUAAUAAAUUAUGCAGAUAUAAAUUGCAUAUCAAUAAAAGUCCCAUGUACUCCUUUAUUAAACAGCUAUGUAUGAAAAUUAAGAAACAAGACCAAGUGAGCCUGGUUUUGGCUGACCCUGCAGCUAAGGGGGGGGGGCAUGUGUGGCAGAAACAGGUUGGGUUGACCCAUGCCUGUCAACGCAGAAAUGGAACUGGACCCUAUUUCACCUUUUUAUGAAUAAAAAUAUAAAACAUUAUAUAGGUGAUAAAAUGGCUCCCCCAUGAAACCAGAAGCGAUGUUAAAUAUACUCCCGUUUUUCCCAUUUUCCCAUUCCCAUUUCCCAUUUACUUGCAUUUACUUCCUUCAUUGAGGCAUUUCCAUCUCCGUAGGCUACGUCUAUUACUACAGACAGAAUGUUGGAGUGUUUCGUGUUUUGUGGCUUUUUGGUUGUCCUACUGCAACCAAUGGAAAAAUUAGGAUACUAGGAUACCUUGGACCCUUUACGACUUAAAACAAUUUAGCCAACAAAUGUGUUCCAUGCUGUAUAAGCAUAAUUUUUAGUUGAAUCUAGGCCCACCCCCCAAUCCCUUGUAGGACAACCUGAAAAUAAGAUAUCCGGACUCUAAUGACGUUGAUAGGUCACGGACAUCAGGAAGUCAUGGCAUGCAAAGGAUAUGCAACCAAGUAUAAGAAAAUUACAAUUUAAUCUAUGAUUAUUUUAAUUUGUCCAAACUCAGCCUCAGGCCCAGAUAGCAAGCAACUUGGGACCGGUUCUUUUACCUUGCUGUUUGGGACUUCCCUGAUGUCUCCUGGUCUCUCCUUGCUAUCUAGGAAUCUCAAUGAUGAAGCCAAACACUUUUUUUUGCUGUCAGUUUUGGCUUCCUCAUUGUACUUCUUUAUAUGACCAGGGUGUAGCUAGCUAACUGAAUAUACUGUAUCGCUCAUACAGUAGGCUAACAUAACUAUGUAAAAAAAUGGCCAAUGGUGCUGCUGUGUAGUAGGCAACAAAGCACACAGGCAAGAUGAUGGUCAGUUUGACAAUUUUAUUUUAUCUUGUACAAACAUGAUAAUGAUAUAACUUUUCAGGACAGAGAUUCUCUCUGACACAUGUUGCCUCUGUGAUUUCUAUGAGCAGGACAUCAAUGGCCCCCUGAAUUUGUGACAGUGCUAUCUUAACCCCUCCGGUACCAAGGAGGUGAGGUUUUUUUUUUUUUUUUCUCCCAAUUUAGUAGCCAAUUGUACCCUCCUCUAAUUCAAUUCGAGUUAGUGUUAGAUACACCGUCCGCACCCCGCCCGCUGGCGGGCCGAGGAAGAGUGACACGUCUUCUUCAAGACGUCUCAUCUCUCUAAUCGUGUCUGUGGUUCCAAGGCGUCCGAGGCGCUUAUUGUUGAUCAGCUAACCCUGCCAAGACCCUCCCUCUGGAGCGGCGAGCCAAUUAAUGCCGCUCCACAUGAGCCGGCCAAACUUGGCUUUUGGCAGGGGAGGUGAGAUGUUUGAUCUGACAACCAAUGCCUUUUUAGAUGUUUUGUCCGUUUUUCAAGUUUUGGGAAAGGUAUAACGCACCAGGGCCAUCCUAACAGCUGUCAUGCCAGUCCAGAGCACAACCAAAAAUGAUUGUCUCAGAUCAUCCUCAAUAACGUGUCCUAGAAUUCCGGCAGUUAGGGACCUCAAAAUUUUUACAGUUUUCAGUUUAAAACUGAGUUUUGUUUUAGUUGCCAAUGUAGUUUCCUUGGAAAAUAAAAAGUCAGCUCUACUUCCUGGCAUUAAGUAAAUUCAAACACUCUGAUACCCCUAAGCCUAUUUGAUGAACGAACAUUAUUCCUUUUUAAAAAACAUAUUUUUUUAUUAUUUGGCCUAUUAUAAUAAUAAAUACAAAAAACUAAAUUAAUUUUUGUAUUCCUUAGUAGCUAUCGGCUACCAUCUGCACGACGCCUUUCCUAACAUGGAAUCACCCCCGUAGCCAGCUAUGAGGUCACCGAGGUCUGGGCCUCGGCAAUUUCUUCUCUCUCACGCUGACAUUUAGCAUUAUAGGUGUGCGUGAAUUAACAUGAUUUGAUUUAAUAUUUUUAAGUGUUUUGACUUCGGUAUUAAUUCCCCUUUCCGACGCAACAGUCAACAAAUCUGAGAGAAUUUUCUGUAGGAAUGGUCGUAUCGAGACUUUUAGCCAAUUAGAACUUAUUCCUCAAUGAUAAGCGACCGUGUUUCUCUCACGUCUGAUAGUCGGAGGGAUAAGAACAAUGAGAGCCUGCCAGCAAAUACUGUACACCAUUGGAACCUUGAUGAUUGCUUUUUCACAUCCAGAAGUAUCCAGCUCUGAUCUGCAUUUCAGUUGGAGGCUUAAUGUUACUCAUCACAAACCUUCAGGUGGGGAGCCUCUUUGACACCUCACCAUCAUCACCUUGUACAAUGGAGCCUACGAUUCCUCUGCCAUCAUCUUCCUCAUCAUCAAGAUAACAGACAUUAAAUAGCAAAUGAAAAAUGUGUCCUGGGAAUCCACUGCUCGAGCAGCUUCUAGAGUAACAGCACCAACUUGUAGAAAAUCAGAGGAUGUGCAGUUCAUGCAAUAAAGGUGGCAUCUGAGAGAGGAAUCUCUCUGCACCACUCUUUUUUCUUCUUGUCGGCAUGCAGCAUAAUCCAC